AAUACGUCAGUUACUUGUCAGAGUCAGUCAUGUCAGGUUGCCGACAGAGGAGCCCUCUUACAUGCGAUGCAUAAUGCCAGGUUGAAAGGAUUUAACUCGCAACUACACAAGGUCCAUUCCGAUCCAAAUCGAAGAUGAGGGGGAUCCGGGCGGUUCUUGUUAUCUGCAUGCUGGUCCAUGACGCUAGCGGCCAGGGGUGGGACAUGUUUGCCCCCCAUGGUAUGGAUAUGUUCGCAACGGGAGUCGGAGGUGGUGGGUUUGGAAUGUACCCACCUACAGCAGCUACGCCCGUACAGCCUGACCCUGCUGCGCGAGACGCCCAGAUCACGGCCGCCGAGGAGCAGAUGGCGGAGGCCAUGUCGGAAACUUCGCGCAACAGUCCAGAGCGGCAGCGCAUCGACAGGCUGAUCCAGGCCUCCGGCGGGAGAUUCACCGGCGAUGCUGCGAAUUUAAACUAUUUGGUGCAGGAGUAUAUUGCAACGUCACCCGGUCCAUCGACCCCUCCGCCACCGGAGAAUCCACCUCCGCAACCAGUCGCUCCACGUGGUGCGCAAGGCCGGCAAGGUCAGGGUGGUGCCAAACAACAGAACCAAGGCCGGGGACGUCAAGGUGGCCAGGGUGCAGGUGGCCAGGGUGCAGGUGGCCAAGGUGCAGGUGGCCAAGGUGCAGGUAGCCAGGGUGCAGGUGGCCAGGCGGCAGGUGGUCGUUCGCGCCAAGGACAGGGUCGUCAGGGUCAAGCAGCUCAAAACCAAUGGAGCCAGACGGCAACAACAAUUGCUGGUGGUGCUGCCGGGUGGGAUCAGACCACAGCCCUACCUGGGAACCCGUGGGAGCACUCAGCAAUCGCAAAAUGGGAAGCGCAACAUUCGAUUCCCGCUCGACCGAGACAGGUGAAUCCUCAACCGGCCGAUGCAGGGCAAUGGUUCCAUCAGACUGGACAAGGCACUAACCAGGCAAGUACUCUCAACCAACAGCCACCCGCAAAUACCUGGGGCGUUUCUGAACCUGCUGCUGCGCCCACACAGCAGUUUCCCGUACCCGCCAUAUCUACUCCUCAACAGCAGCAGCAGUUGCAACAACCACAACAACAAUCUCAGAACCAUCAACAGUGGCAACAACCACCACAACAACGAUUGAGCCAGCAACAGUGGCAACAACAACCACAACUACCAUUGAACCAGCAACAGUGGCAACAACCACCACAACAACCAUUGAACCAGCAGCAGUGGCAACAACAACCACAAAACAAGCAACAAUUGCAACAACAACCACAACAACCACAAAACCAGCAGCAGCGGUGGCAACAACUACAACAGCCACAAAAUCAGCCGCAGUGGCAACAACAACCACAACAGUCACAAAACCAGCAGAAGCAGUGGCAACAACAACCACAACAGCCACAAAUCCAGCAGCAGCAGUGGCAACAACAACCGCAACAGCCACAAAACCAGCAGCAGCAGUGGACGCAACCACCCAAACAGCAAGCGCAACAGCAGCAGCAUUUUUCCCAACCACCAGCACAGCAGCAGAGCAACCAGCAGUCUCAACAGCAAACACAAUCGCCUCAACAAGGUACGGAUUCCCAAGGCCCCGGACCGGCAGCUCAGCGACUGCAAAGGGUUCAAGACCGCCUGCAUGCCAUUAACCAGCAGAUCAACGAGGCUCUGGCGAACCCGGUGAAGCUUGGGCUUGAGCAGGUGAAGGGUUUGCAGGACCAAGUAACAUCGCUACUGUCUGUUCGUAACAUUCUCACUGGUCAAACAAACGGCGCAUCCACUCUACAAACAAUAAAAGGACAAGGCGCCCCUCAGCCGCCAAUCCGUAACCAGCGACAAGCACCUACCCCGGCACAACCACUUAUUACCUUGACGCAGUCGAAUUCAAAUGGGCCAAAUGUUCCAUACAAAGUUUCCCCGACGCAAUCGCAUGCAACUAAACCAGCGGGCAGAAUGAGUACCCCCCUUAUCGCGCGUGCGAACCCCGCGAGGCGGCGACCAGUCGGAUUUAGGCGGCGUCCAUCAAACGUGCCAGCGCAAGGUGAUCCGGUUUUCACGAGGAAUCGCGGCACGAUAGCCCCACCGAACGUAAUUUCCCCAUUAGAAAUGAGCAAACUAAAACGUGGCGCAGGCACAACUGUGGCCCCAGUUGAGGGAGACAUGCGAGAGGUAAGGGGCAAUCAGUACCGCUACACAGACGCCGACGGUUACGACGUGUUUCAGUGGGUCUUAUACACCGGGCCUCCUCCUACGGAAGUCCCGCAAACAACAGUGGAUCCAGGUCAAGGACCGGGUCAAGUGAAUCAAGGUCAAACGGAAGUGACACCACCUACCCCGCCUACCGAGCCAACUCCAGUGGACCAGGGUCAGGGUCAAGGGAAUCAAGCUCAAGCAGAAGUUACAUCGCCCGUGUAGGACGUGACAUGUUUGUAUCCCAAGGUCAUACGCCGUUGUGUGCUUCUAUCGCUCAUGUAUAUAUAUUUGUAACUGUUAUUCAUAAGGCAAAAAAGUUACUCGGCGAUCGCAGAGAUUUUGCCGAGUGGAAGUGGAGCCUCGUUUUUAGAUUCCGAGCUUCCGGUUGGCUGUCAUGCGUGUCAGGGGAACGUUGUGCUGACGUUAUCAUGUUUGACUGCUGAGAAUAGUUGAUAAAUGGUUUCAUGGGUUUGCGAAUGUUGCUUUAUUAAAUGAACGUUAUGUUUGGUUUGAUUGUGAUAUAAUGUUCAAUCAAUAUAACAUCGUGUUGUAAACGUGUUUAUUUUUAAAUUAUCAGCGAGUUGCAUUUAUUAAAGUUUAGGGUUCAAUCAAGAACAAUUUU